AUGCUGAUCAAGAUACAGGAUGGGUAUGGUCCACCGGCAGAGUACUACCACAAUGGGCCGUACAACGGCAUAUCGAAUGAUCAGGCCCUGUUCUCGCCACCGACGCCAAGAUCCACAAACGGUGAUGAUUCUGGGCGUAGGACGACCCGCAGUGGACGAGCCACGACAUUGUCCAGCUCUCCACGUCGGAACGAGAGUAGCCCUCGACCGAAAGCGACGCCAAGAGCUAAGAAGGCGAAAGCACCGAAGAACGAAAAGCACAAGACGCCCAAACUGACUGCACCGCUGAGCAUUCUGACGAAAGAGCUGCAUCAUAUCCAGGUCAAGAACAUGGAGGAGUGGGUGAAUAGGCCAGCGGACGUUAGAAGGCGCGAAGUGGAGAAGAGGAAUGGAUACAUCACUCGUCCCAUGAACUCAUUUAUGCUGUAUCGGUCGGCGUUUGCGGAAAGGGCCAAGUCAUGGUGUCUUCAGAAUAACCACCAGGUCGUAUCGUCAGUAGCGGGAGAGAGCUGGCCUCUGGAGCCACCGGAGAUUCGCGAGCUGUACAACGAAUACGCAAAGAUCGAGAGGAUCAACCACCAAAACGCACACCCGACAUAUAAGUUCUCGCCUAGCAAAACAGCAGUUCCGGCUCGGAAACGAAGAAGCGAAUGGUCUGAGGAUGAAGAACCUAGCGACCUUGACGACGCCGAAUGGGCUCCCGGUAGUGGCAGAUCUCGCUCCCGACAGGCUAGGAGAGUCGACCGAUCGUUCAGUUAUCCGUCAAGUGGUGUUGCUGCAGAGUACUUUGAUCACUCGUUCGGCCCGAAUGGCAACGGUAUCAAUCGAUCCUCCUGGGAAAUGACGAACGAAGGAAGACCGAUGCCGAUGCCGAUAAGCCACAAUGAGCUGUACAACCAGUACUAUCAGACUGCCGCCUAUCCAAACAUGCACAUUAGUCCAGGUUACGCAGACGACAUGCACAUGAGGAGGGUAGACACACCAUCAUCUUCCAUGCAGUUCCACUCGAACCCGUCAAUGCUGGGAUUGCCUGGAGGGAAUACGAAUGAUCUUCUGCUACAAUCAAAUCUGGGCACACCAUUCGACGAGGGGCAGCUGGAUCCCAUGCUGUUGGCCUACGACGGAGGUAACCACUCGGAUAUCGACCCUGCAGCGCUGCAGAACAACGUAUACCGGAACGUCCAUCCGGACAUGCAAGAAGAGAGGCUUGAGCAACACAACCUUGGCGGGUUGCUGGAUCUUCCGCCCGAUGAGUACCAAUCCUGGCAGUCAGACCCAACCAUGGUGUCGCUCGAACAAGAGUCGGAGUUCGAUAAAUGGAUGGGCGAGCAGUGA